GUUGUCAUCUUAAUAAUUUCAUUAUUAUUUCCUAUAAUUGAAGUGUUUGUACAAUUUGAUUUUUGACUCGAUCAUUUCUGAUAAUUCCCAAAUGAUAAUAGAAGACUGGAGUAUGACAGCGCUUAAUACCUCUGAUCUCUCACCAAAAAGGAGACUCGAAAUGCUUUAUGAAAAAGCCAGAAACACACAUGUCGAUGACGGCGUAUCAGUUGAGAGAUAUUGGAAUAUAGCAAACGAAAUAUUGUUUUGUGCUAAGAAACUGCAGAAGAAGAACGAUUACGAAGAAUCACUCCUAAACUAUCUUCGAUAUAAGACAAUGAUAAAAAAAUUGAGAUCGCAUGAGAGAUACAGGGAUCUGCCAUUGGGAAAACGUGCUUCGUUCGCUUAUAAACUGAAGGAAGUAGCGAAACACGUGAAGAUCUUGACCGAACUUGUGUUUGCAGGUUACAAGAAAUUAUUAGUUAUGGCUGAUUUUCAUAUAGAUCAUAGCAAUUUUGAGGGGUACCAAGAACAGAGACCAACAAUAUCGACCGUCAGAACCUUCAUUAGUACUCCCCGCCACUCUCUUGUCACUCCUCUCCAUCCAACUGUACAAAUGAGAGCGAGAAGCAGGUCAAUAAUGAAUAGCAAAGCAUCCUCAGCAUUAUAUGUAGCUUUAGCGAAAAGUUCCUCAUCCGUGAACAUGGAGGCUGCCCAAAGGAAAUCCAUCUUUCCCACCAAGCAGGUUAAGGAGUUCGAUGAGCUCUACAAGCAACGAAGGACUGUUAGAGGUCACAGGACGGUAGUGUUACCAAGCAGGAUCACAACUGCAUUCUCUUACCUAUCCUUGCCCAACACCAAGAAAAACCUGGAGACUGUAGGGUACUUGGCAGGGAGAGAACUGAACCCUACUAGGCUCAUCGUCACGCAUAUGCUACUUCCAAAACAGUUAGGGUUCUCCGAUUACUUCAAGGUUGCAGACUCGACUUCCUUAAUCCACUACCUGGAAGAUGAGGACCUGAUGACUAUCGGUUGGAUCCAUUCUCAUCCUAAGGAGAUCCCAUAUCUCUCCAGCACGGAUAUGCACUACCAUGCAGUCUUCCAAAACGUACUUCCAGAAGCUGUAGCAGUCGUGUAUAGUCCAAUAGAGAUGAGAAGCGUAGUGUUUAACCUAACGCCUGAUCAUGGCUUGCCAACGAUCACGAGCUGCGAGAAAAAAGGCUUCCAUACGCAUCCUGCCAAGCAUCCUCUAACCAUGCAGUCUCACCACACAGUAACGGAUUUGUUGGCGGAUUUAACCGUCCAGGAUUUCAGGAAUGAGGAGGGGUAUACCAGAAGAGAUUCGACUGAUACUGAGAGUGGGCAUCAAAAUUUGACGGAGAGGCUGUUGCAGGUGAAGACUAGCAUAAGGCCUUCAGCUAUACCGUCAAAGGUGAGGUAUAGCGAGGUGAAUUUUGUACAUUUGGAUACUCAAAUAUAAGUUUUAAAAAGA